GGCCCCGCCCCCGCCAUCCCGCGCCGUUCCCAUGGCGACUCUCCCGCUGCUCCUCGGUGGGGUCCCUCCUCCCUCCGCUGCCGUUGCCAUGGUCCCCGCCCCCGUUGCCAUGGCGGCCCCGCCCCGCGCGUCACGUGACGCGCGGCGGCUCCGGGCCCCGCCGCCGCCGCCGCCGCCGCUGCCGCCGCCCCGCUCGCUCCGCCCGGCGAUGCCUGUGGCUCGUGGCUCCGGUGCUCCGCUGGCAUCUCCGGCUCCUGCUGUCCCCCAUGGGCUCGCCAGUGUCAUUUGUCCUCUCCAGGAUGGCAGCGUGCGGGGGGGCCACUAAGAACAAGGUGACGGUCUCCAAGCGCGUGUGGGACUUCUUGACCAAGGAGAGCCCGGCCAAGCUGGCGCGGCUGAAGGAGGAGACCAAGGUCAGCAUCAUGGUGGAUGGCGAGACCUCCGACAUCUACGUCCUGCAGCUCUGCGUGCCCCCCCCGUGGCCCCCGGGGGGGCUCUGCCCGGCCCGCAAAGCCCUCAAGGCCUUGCUGAAGGAGACGGAGAAGGAGCUCAAGAAGAAGAGCCCUCCCAACCGCCACGGCGAGCUGGUGGGUUGCGUCACCGUCCUGGAGCCCGGCGCAGCCGCUCUGGGGGGCCGGGGGCCAUCCGCAGCCCCCUCGUCCUCGGGGGCGCCAUCGGCGGCCGGUUGCUCCCGGGAGGAAGAGCCUGAGCGCCAGUGUCCCAUCUGCCUGGGUGAGAUCCAGAAGAUGAAGACGCUGGAGAAGUGCCGGCAUUCCUUCUGCGAGGCGUGCAUCACGCGGGCGCUGCAGGUCAAGACGGCGUGUCCCAUGUGCGGGCGCUUCUACGGGACCCUGGUGGGCAACCAGCCCCCCAACGGCCGCAUGCUGGUGACGCGCGACGCCGGGCUCCUGCUGCCCGGCUACGAGAGCUUCGGCACCAUCAUCAUCCAGUACGUCUUCCCGCCCGGCGUCCAGGGGGAGGAGCACCCCAACCCCGGCGUGCGUUACCCGGGCACCACGCGCGUGGCGUAUCUGCCCGACUGCCCCGAGGGCAACAAGGUGCUGGGGCUGUUCCGCAAGGCCUUCACCCAGCGCCUCACCUUCACCGUGGGCACCUCCAUGACCACGGGCCGGGCCAACGUCAUCACCUGGAACGACAUCCACCACAAGACCAGCUGCACCGGCGGGCCCCAGCUGUUCGGAUACCCUGACCCCACGUACCUGGCGCGGGUGCAGGAGGAGCUGCGGGCAAAGGGCAUCACCGAGGACUGAGCCGGGGGGGGCACCGGGACCCCCCCGGGAAACGGGGACACCCCCCCCAGGGAACCGGGAUUCCCCCCUCGGCACCGGCAUCCCCCCGGGGGGGGGCACAAGGACCAUGGCAGGGCCCGGGGGGGGGGGUUGGUGCCCUUGGGCGGGGGGCGGCCGGUUAAUUUAUUAAUUGUUUUUUUAUUUCUCUCCCCCCCCCCCCCCCCGUCUGUAACUUUGAUCCAAUAAAAAUAUGCAACGAUG